GAGAUCAGGGUAGGACUUGUCAAAUACGAUUGUGAAGGAGGAAAAAAGUGCUUUACUAUGGGUUGACCAAAAGUGUGCGGUCAACCUCCGAGCUGAGUCGACUCGCCCCCUCCCAUUUACUUUUGAUUCCCAUCUUUUACUGCCAACAUAAAAUAAACAGACAGGCGGGCCUGAGGCAGAUCAUAGAGAGUCAGAGAGAGGCAGCUGCAUAAGAUUAGUGUGAGCGAGAAGUACGUUGCGAGCACACGUCGUUUUGGAGCGGAAUGGUAUGAAUCCAAAAGGCUACGCCAAUUCCCAAUCGAACUCGUUGAUUCUCGUUCUGAGCUACCAAGUGGGAGAAGUUGGUGGCAUCAUUGUGUUACAUAAGAAAGGUGGAUAUUUGUGGAUUUAGUUGCAGGGAACUGUUGGGUUUGUCUGCUCUUUUAAGGUUUGUAACAUUUUGUUGAUGGGUUGUUGUGUCUUAUUUCAUGACUGCCUUGUGAGUUAAAAUUCCCAGAGGGUAUUGAAUGUGAAUUAUUGGAGAGGUAGGCUUUUUGUUUGUUUGAAUGUGAAUUUACUAAAGGUGAAGGUUUGGCAAGUACGGCUUCCCGGUGUUUGUAAAAAGUGUAGCAUUUCAUAUAAAUUAUUGGAGAGAGAGAGAGAGAGAGAGAGAGAGAGAGAGAGAGGCCAAAGGGCUGUGUUGCAUGAGGGUGAAAAGGCUGAGUAACUUUAGAUAUUUAUAGGAAUUUGACCAUAGAAAGGUGAGUAAUUGUAAGUGUUGCGGGGAAUCGGGGAACGCUUACCGUCUUUACUGGGGGUAAAGGUGAUUUUAUAUUCUGAAUGGUGGGCUCUUUGGAGUACCAGACUCAGAAGUCAUGGCUAGGAUCUCUAGAACACGGAAGAGAGCAGAUAACGUGUGGACUUAUGAGAUCUGCUAGUUUCUCUUCGUCAUAGUGAAAGAGAUGGGAAUUCUUUUUGGAAUAUAUUUUUAACUGUGAACUUAGGGAGGGAACAAGACAAGCGCUUUGACAUUGUUUCUGAAAGGGCAGUGGGAUUAGCUUCCUGUGAUAUAACCACCAUCUGAAGCAGAAAAGAGAGGCCUAGUCCUUUCAUUAUGUGAGUUUUGAAGGGUGCAGUGACCAGUUGCUUAUGCAUCUUUUGGAGAAGGGUGUGUGAUAUAAAUUUAUGAGCCCCCUGUUGCUGAUGGAGUGGAAUGAGAAAUCUGCCUCCCAGUGGGAGUGGGAGAACCUAUUCAUGUUCAAUGCAAAAGCAACUGAAAAUUCGAAGUUGCAACCAACAGAAUGGGGCAUGGAAGGAGAUCAAGGAAUUAACUCUGUUUCUUUUUAUGCAUCUGGGGGUGGUAGAGGUAGUGGUGGGUCUGACCCUGAGCUGGGAUAUACUUCUCUAUCAAAAAGCUCAAAAUCAGCUUCUGUAAAUUCAUCAUCAAUUGGUGAGAGUAAGACAUCCAAACUCACUUUUGAGGCCUUGGGAGGUUUUCCAAAUGGUUUAAACAAUAAGAAAGAGUUAGCCAAGGUUGAACCAAAUGAAACUUCUCCAACACUUGAGCCUUCAUCUGGCUCUGGUGAGCCAUUGCUCAGUCUAAAGCUUGGUAAACAGAUGUACUUUGAAGAUGCUUGUGUAGGAGGCAAUACAGAGUCCUCAAAUCUUGCUAUGAUUCCCAUGUCAUCCACGACCACAGCUAAGAAAUUUAAGUCCAGUUAUCAGAGUCCACAUCCACCACACUGCCAAGUUGAAGGCUGUAACCUUGACCUUUCAUCAGCAAAAGAUUACCAUCGCAAACACAGAGUUUGUGAAAGUCAUUCCAAAUCCCCAAAGGUCAUUGUAGGUGGUCGGGAACGUCGGUUUUGUCAGCAAUGUAGCAGGUUCCAUGGUCUAUCUGAGUUUGAUGAAAAGAAGCGAAGCUGUCGCAGGCGUCUUUCUGAUCAUAAUGCUAGGCGGCGCAAGCCACAGCCAGAAGCAGUCCGGUUAAAUUCAGCAAGGCUGCCUUCAUCACUUUAUGAUGGGAAGCAACAGAUGAGCCUUGUCUUUGAUAGAGUCCCACUUGUUUACUCAAGGGCUGCUGCUAAUUUGACGUGGGAGGAUAUAUGCAACACUAAGUUUACCCAAACAAAAGAUCAUCGUCUGAAGCCUGUGAAAGCAAGAGACACCAAUAUGCCGUUGCAUUUCCCCAGCAAUGAAAUGCCAAGUGUCAUUACGACACUUUGUAAUGAUUCCAGUAUGCUCUUUCCAUCCAAGGGCACUAUAGCCGAGGUUCUCAACCCAGGUUUAGAAGAACCCAUGAUCUCCAACGAACUUGAUGCAACACAGGAUUUUCGACGUGCUCUCUCUCUUCUGUCAACCGAUUCUUGGGGUUCACGUGAGUCAAAACCAGCUCCCCACCCACACACCAACCAUACAAGUCAUUCUAGUAUGCCGCAGCCUGUGAUGCAUGUGAUGACCCAAGGCUUGCCACAUGCUUCUUCAGAACAAUGGAGAUCCACCGUACAGUCCACUGACUCCCGACCUCAUAUCUUUAGUUCAACCAACAAUGGCAGCAGCAAUUUUCAAGACUUCCAGCUGUUCAAAGCGCCAUAUGAGUUUGGCUUUUGUUCCAACCAAUUGGAUUGAGAAACUCAAUACCCAUCCAACUGUUUCUAGACUAAUUACGUCACAUAUAUUCAGAUGAGUUCUCGUGUUUUUGCUUUAGUUUACAGUGCCCUCUAGCAGAUGUUUGGUUUUUCCAAAUAGGUUAACAAGUGUGUAUAUGCGUACUUGCAUACAGGCCUAUGUGACUCAUCUGGAAGUUAUUCCAUGGCUAAAAGUUUCUUCC